GUGUGUUCCGCACCCCUGCCCCCACGGAGUGGGCGCGUGGUUGGUGCCUGCCGGGCGGAAGCGCUGCAGGGGGUGCGCAGCGCCGGGACUGGGAGUAGGUGCAGGCGGCCGUACGGGCCCGGCGGUGAGUGGUCCCCGGACGUGCCCUCCUCUCCCGGACCUCCCUCUCGCCCGGCGGCUGCUGUGGUCACAGCCCCCCGGCCUCUGAGCGCUGACUACACCCGGCCUGGCCCUGGCAGUGCGGGAGUCCACGCCCGCUCCUCUGGAUGCUCCUGCAGGGGCCGCGGACCUGGUGCAGGGGAGGGCAAAACCCCAGUCCCGGUCCGGCCCAGUUUGCCCACGGGGUGAAGUUGCUCCCGACCCCCACGCUGUGCUGGGCAGCCCCUGAGGAGCGGGGCUGGACCAGGAGCCUCGAGCUUUGGCGGCAGCAGGUGCAUUGGCGGGCUGAAGCCAGAGCUGCACAACGGGCAGUUAGUUGCACUUGCUCUGAGCGUCUGUUUGAGCAAGUUUGGAGUCUGUGCGUCACCCCUCCCUCCCGCAUCCCCGGCUCCUAGUGAUGCCCUGGAAGGCAGCGGUGGGUUUGUCUGCUUCGGAUGCUGAAGUAACCACACAUCGGCUCAGGACGGAAAAGAAGAGCAUGUGGUUUCUGCUCUAUGUAAUGAGACGGGCUGAGUUAAACCUAAAGUAAAUCAGCACACUUGUGGGUACUUAAAGUUUCUCACUGAGGACUUUUGAGUUGCAGACAGAAGAAAUGGAUCUUGCAAAUGAAGAUGCAGUGCCCAGCACUAUAUUUGACUGGAACUAUCUUCUCUGGGAAGUUCGUUUAUUUUUAGUAGUAGUUGGCUUUUUCCUCUACUUAGGAGUGUUUCUUCUGUCUCACUCGCUGUCCUCAUGGAUCAGUGUCACUUACCGUACCUUGCCAUCAAAGGAGAAAGUCUUCUGGAACAUGACAGUCACACGUGGUGUUUUUGGACUUCAAAGUUGGGUUUCUGGCUUGUGGGCCUUACUCAUAGAUCCUGUUUUUCAAGCUGACAAAGUAUAUUCACAGCAGAAAUGGAGCUGGUUUACCUGUUUAAUAGCAUCUGGAUUCUUCUUACUUGAAAAUGUAGCCGUUCAUUUGUCUAACUUUAUUUUCAAGACAUUUGAUGCAUCUCUCGUAGUGCAUCAUUUCUUUGCCUUUGGUGGCUUUCUUGGUCUUAUACUUAAUACCGAGUCUGGACACUACCUACCCUUGAUGGGCAUGCUACUUGAGAUGAGUACUCCGACCACCUGCAUCUCCUGGCUGCUUUUAAAGGCUGGCUAUUCUCAUACCAUUUUCUGGAAGGCAAACCAGUGGCUCAUGAUCCAUCUGUUUCACUGCCGUAUGAUGCUUACUUAUCACAUGUGGUGGGUGUGUAUUUCCAAUUGGAAUGAUGUGGUGGAAAAUCUUGGACUUCUGUAUUUUAUCAUCUUAUUCCUGGGAUUAGCUUCUGUGUCAAUAAUUCUUAACCCAUACUGGACGUACAAAAAGACUAUGCAGGUUGUCAGUCCAACUGACUGGAACUUUCCUCACACAGAAGUGAAAAAUGGACAAUCUGGAAAGCGGAAUGGUGAAACAAUCCAAAAGAAGAGGAUAUAAUACUGAAACAGGUGGCUGUUAGCAUAGAAGCAAUAUAAGACCAGAAGAAUAUAAUGCACACUUUUUUAAUGAGUCCAAAAAAACACAAUUAUGUACAAGAAAUCAGAGUAUAUAUUGAUUCAUCCUUAACUUGCCAUCAGAAUUCUAUACUUUUGUUUCAAAAAUGUUAAAAAGUAUAGCUUUUUUAAAAGUAACACCAAAAAUCUUAGACUACUUUAACAGGAUUUAUGCUGACUUUUUUUUCAAAUUGAAUGGUGUUGCUUCAUUCUGUAAUGAAAGGCAGUAAAAAUUGUAUCUGCUCUUCUAGCACUUUUCAUCGGAUUCCCUAGGUUUUUUUCUGAAUACCUAAUUAAGCCAUACCGCAUCUCUUUAAGGAAGAUUAGAAUUAAGACCAUUUUAGGAUCAUGGAAGAAGCUGAUAUUGAAAACUGACUUUUAUUUCUGACAUUGAAACUAGGUCUGGAAUACAGAAUACCUUUUGCACUCUAACCAGUAGACUGCUCCAUACUGAUGUGAUGGAUAGUCCACCACCUUGAAGUCUUUAAGUCACAACUGGAUGCCUUCCUAAAAGGUUUGCUAUAAAAGCUUAGGUAACUUAUGGGUUUGAUGCAGAAAUUACAGUAGGAGAUUUUGUCCUGUGUUAUUCAGGAGGUCUCCUCUGGCCUUAAAAUCUGUGGGAUUGUCUAUACCACAGUAGUAGCCUGUCCUGACUAGGCUGUUCCUUAGCUUAUCCUGCCCAUUUGCAACCAUGAACACUCUACAAGCCUGGAAGUACAACAGUGGGACCACCUUGGGCUUGUCCAUUAUACAUGAGAAUUGACUCUCAAGAGCAGCCUGUGGAGAUGGAUCUGAAGCAUCUUCACUGGUGUACCUCUUGGUUACGACUGCCUGUAGGAAUGGGUAGAUGUAGCAUGCUUGGGAUAGCCUAGCCAAGCCAAACAAUGAUACCAUCAUAUUGUAAUGGUAUUCAAUCUUUUGGCCCCACAGGCCAGAUGAGUGGCACAGGGCCAGUCAAUUAGCUAUAACUGGGUCCCACACCACGGUGGAAUCGGGCCUCUCACUGCCUUGUAUACCUGAUACAGGGCCAUGCUGUCCAAUUCACAGAGCUCCCCAUUCGUACAAAGUUUGGCAACAGGGGAGUGACAGCCAGGAAGUGGAGGACACUGCUCUGAGGGCUGAGCACUUGUGUCAUAGAUCUGUUGCACUUGUUUCAGUUUUCAAAGAACAAGUCUACAUCACAAAUGUCAAUGAAAAAACGUAAGUCUUAGAUAAGCUUAUUAUUGGGGCACAUAUUACAUGUAUAACAUUCCACAGCACAAAAUAACCUUGCAGUUGGCACUGAUUGAGUGGUGGUUCUUUGUGCUAAUAGACUUGGAGAUGAAUGUUACUGUUUGGGGUGGGGGGAGGUAUGUGGCAUGGAGGGGUGGGGGAAAACAACUUUAUCAGGCUUUUUGUCAACUGAUAAAUACAGAGGGAAUGGAGAAAAACUUGAAUACUCAGAAUGCUGCUGGAACCCAUUAGGGGAACACAUGGAAGAUUUCUUUGUUGUUUUGGAGAUGUGACCUUUUACCUCUAAAUCACAAGUUCAAAUCCAGUCUAAGUUAAUAGUGCCAGAGUAGUUAUUUUUUUUCUGAAGUCUGUUCAGUGAAAUCAGUUUAAUGAUCUUGCUUUAGUUCCCAGUGGACCAAAGUCCCAAUCGCAAUCUUGUGGACAUUCACAUCAGAAAGUAUAAAAAUUAACUGAGAUUCUGUCUCUAACAGUGGUAUCUCCUGCUUGGUAUUGGGUCAUGUUGAUUGGGCAGCAUGGCACUCUUGACUCUUGUCAAAUAGAUACAGAAAUUAAAUCCUACAGCUAUCAAUCAUGUAUGUUUUAUCAUCACAAAAGAUCAUUAUAAAAAUGUUCCUCGUGAACCAAAAUAUGUUGUCCAAAUACAAAUCUUGGAUGCCAAACCUCACAGCCAGAGGAGUUUGUGAUGGGAACUUGGAAACAGGUAGCUAGGGGAUGGUGGGGGUCCCUGGAGGGAUCUUAAAAAAAACCUCAUAAUUUCUUGAAGUUCUCCAGAAGACUGGAAAAGUUGCAGAAGCCUCAGCACAUGAAAGAAAUAGUAUCAGGAGUGGGCAGAACAGAAAUUUAGAUAUGUAUAUGAUUUUUUUUUUUUUUAGCAAAGUUUGCAUAGGCUUAACUUUUGUAUUUGGGGGGGGACUGGGAUUAGGAGAAUUCUGGGGGUGCAAAAAUAUAUUGUGGAUUCUGAGUGGGGUUAGGGAGCUGGAGAACCAUCUCCUUGGAGUCGAGUUACUUUGGUUGAAGAGAAAAUAUUUAUAGGACAAAAUAUAGAUUUUGUUUACCUUAGUUGGAGUAUUGCCUAGUUUUAGCCAUCCCACUUUGUGAGGAAUGUGAAGAAACUGGAGAGGGUUUAUAGAAGAGAGCAACUAGGAUGAUAAAAGGGCUGGAAUGUAAUGCAUAUGAUGAAACGUUGCAGGAAAUAAAUCUGUCUAGUUUGCAGGGUAAAGAGGAGAUUAAUAGUGUACAUGGAAGCAAUUUCUAAAUAUUUUGAAGAUGGUCAUAAAGAAGAUGGGAGGGGGGGAUUGGCUUGCCUUGCUGCAGAGUGAAGGACAGAAAGCAAUGGGUUUAAACAGCAGUAAAGCAGGCCUAGAUAAAGUCUCAGAACAAACUUUCUAACUGCGAGCAGUGGAACAAGCUGCCUAGGGAAGUUGUGGAGUCUCCUUUACUGGAGAUUUUCAAGGAGUUGGAAUUGGUUAACAGUAGUGAAUCCUGCAUAUGUGCAGGAGGUUGGACUUGAAUGCUCUUGAGAGCCCUUCCAACAUUAUAAAUCUGAAAUUUUAUCUGUCUAAAAUGUCCUAUGUAUCAGAGCAAUUUCCAUGCACUUUUUUUUUUUCUUUUUGAAAUCCAUCCGUUUAAAGCAGUGGUGGGCAAAAUGCGGCCCACGGGCCACAUGCGGCCCGCCAGGACAUUCUAUCCAGCCCACGGGGCCCCUAAAAAAUUUAGAAAAUUAAUAUUAAUCUGCCCCUGGCUGCCUGUCAUGCGGCCCUCAAUGGCUUGUCAAAACUCAGUAAGUGGCCCUCUGCCCAAAAUAAUUGCCCGCAUCUGAUUUAAAGCAUUGUUUUAAGGGCAAGGUAGGAAUGAGAAAAUUUUACUGUAUAAGCUGUUCAAAGCAAGGAUUUUUUGUAAGCUGUUCAGGGCAGGGAUCUUAUUCUUGUUUUUUUAUAUUUUUAAAGACACCUGCAUGAUUUAGAUCAGUAGUCUUAUACAUAAAAUACCAGACAGUAUCUGGUAGAGUAGGAGAACCAGACAGUUGAGCUGACUAAAGAUCUAAAUUGAAUUCUUAUUUGAGGUCAUAGGCCAUAAGAAUGGUCAGUCUCUGGUGAGACUAUAGUUUAAGGAAGGACAUCAGCGGUCAAGUGUUUGUUUGUUUUCCCCCCUCUGAUAUUAUGAACUUUAAGCACCCAGAUACUACUUGUGUACAUAGUAUAAGAGGUUGACAUCAAGCUCACUUCCUGUUGCAUAUUUUGAGCAUUUUUAUAAAAUAAAAAGGCUAAAGAGUGCUUGCCUGCUAUGAACAUUAUGUGUGUUGUUACAAGUAACCAUAAGAACACAAAAAUCACUUCUUGUAUUGGUUAUAUAUUUGUCUUCUUUUUCCUCUUUGAUCCAUUUCCUGGGUUUUUAUGCAGGUGCACAUGGUUAAGUUUCAUUCUUCUAAAUCUAAUUAUGUCUAAAUUCUACCAAGACUUACUGUUGUCCUAGGCCCAGCCUAGACAUAGUUUGUUUUUAAGUUUUGUUAACAUAAGAUUUGGCCUUCUGCUUUAAUGAGGUCUCAUUCCAUUCCCAUGUGGGGAAAGUUUCAGCACAGGCUGGUGAGGCCCACAGUAUGUUGCUGCCAUCACAUGGAAAACUUUUGCAUGACCUCAAAUGUUCACAAAUUAGCUUGCUCCUUCCUGUGGUUUAGUGUUGCAUUUUUCUUCUCUCCCACCAUUACAAAUAGGCUUAACUGUUGACAUACUUCUCAUGUCUGCCUUACUGCAGAUCCUUUGUAUCCUUUGUCAAGCAAAUCCAAAACUAAGUGUCCAGUUAGAUGUGUCUGCAGCAUUCCUACUUUCCGUUAUUUGUCCUGGCUUCCAGUUGUGUGUCGAGGUUUCUUCUUGCUCCUUUUCCUGCACCCCACAAAACACACCAUGCUUCUUUCAGUGUUUAUUCUUGUCUACAAAAUUUUUCAUGAUCAGACACCAAACACAUUACUAUAUAGCUUUCCUUGUUCUAUAGCUUCAGGUCAAAACUUUGAAGCUUUUCUCAAGAUUGCUGUUUUGUCUCGUCUUUUUAAUUGUAUAGUACUUUAGGAUUUAUAUACUGUGCCUCCCAAAAAUAUCUUGGCUUCAGAGUAAUGCCUACCUGAAAAACUAAGAAGUAUUAAGUACGUUUUUUUAACCAAUGAGUUGUAUGAUUAACUGAAUAUAACUUUUUGGAUAUGUCAGUUUUAGAUUGUUUGCAUAAAUAAAAGUAUUUAUGGAAUAA